CGCUCCCUGGCAAGGACCUAUCAAAGCUACCAUUUUAUCGGUACAAUAAGUUUCGAAAUUUACGCGGUCGCAUUCCUUUUAUAUGUUAUAAGAGUACAUCGUAACUAUCAAUGACAACAAAAAGUUUGUAGCAGUAUAGCAACCCGGCGCUUACAACUUUAAAGAUGAAUUUGCGCUUAAAAUGGACAUCAUGGACAGUCAAUGUCUUUCUGCUGAUGAACAUAGUCACAGGAAGCUUUGGACAAUACCCUUCUAGUGCAGGUUACGCAACGGAAGAUGACGUGUCUACAAAUCUAAGCGAAGUAGAAUCACGAGAAACUGGCCCAGACCUGGAAUUCAAAUACCAUGAUCACGAAGAGAUGACGAGGUAUCUUCGUGCCAUCUCCGCUCGGUACCCUGCUCUUACGGCCCUCUAUUCAAUCGGAAAAUCCGUACAAGGUCGUGAUUUAUGGGUGAUGGUGGUUUCGGCAUCACCGUAUGAACACAUGAUCGGAAAACCUGACGUGAAGUACGUGGCUAACAUUCACGGCAACGAGGCUGUCGGUCGCGAACUGCUGUUGCAUCUCAUACAAUAUUUGGCCACCGCCUAUGAAACAGACUCAUACAUAAAAUGGUUGUUAGAGAAUACGAGAAUUCACUUGAUGCCAUCUAUGAAUCCCGAUGGCUUUCUUAUCUCCCGUGAAGGACAAUGUGAUACAAUCCACGGCAGACAUAAUGCUCGCCGGUAUGACUUAAACCGCAACUUCCCGGACUUCUUCAAAGCGAAUACAAAGCAACCGCAACCGGAGACGGAGGCGGUGAAGGAAUGGAUCAGCAAGAUACAGUUCGUGGUGUCGGGCUCGCUGCACGGUGGCGCGCUCGUCGCCUCUUACCCCUUCGACAACACGCCCAGUGCUAGAAUAUGCAGAUCAUCGGUAUUAUGCUCAGUUUUCCAAAACUACGCGCACACUCCGUCUAUCGCUCCGGACGACGACGUCUUCCGUCACCUCGCACUCGUUUACUCAAACAACCACGCUAAGAUGUCGCGAGGAGUGUCAUGCAAGUCCGGCUCGUCAAGGUUCGAGAAAGGAAUCACAAAUGGUGCUGCUUGGUACCCACUAACAGGUGGUAUGCAGGAUUACAAUUACUUAUGGCAUGGAUGUAUGGAAAUAACUUUGGAAAUAUCUUGUUGCAAAUAUCCUCCGGCCCACGAACUCAAUAAAUACUGGCACGACAACAAACAGUCACUCAUAAAAUUUUUGGCAGAAGCCCAUCGCGGUGCUCAUGGUUUCGUCAUGGAUGAGAAUGGUAAUCCGGUAGACCGGGCCUCCAUAAGGGUAAAGGGACGUGACGUUACAUACCAUACCACCAAAUAUGGAGAAUUUUGGCGUAUUUUAUUACCCGGGACAUACAAACUCGAGGUCGCGGCAGAAGGAUAUCUACCACAAGAAGUAGAAUUCUUUGUUAUAGAGAGUCAUCCAACUUUAUUAAAUGUAACGCUACAUUCGGCUAAGGGACACGCACCAAGCCGAGCCACAACGACAAAGACGAAGUCAAAAAGAAUCACAACUACGACCACGCUACCGCAGGAAUUAGGAAAAAUGUUAUUUCCCGAAGAUUGAAUUGAUAAUUACAGUGACUAUAUAAAACGAAUUGAUGGCGGUCCGUACUACCGGCCGCCCGCGCUGCCGCCGCGCCCACCGCCAGCGCCUUCUGGAAUCUUCUCUUCUCUGACAAACUCUAUCAACAGCUUUGUCUCCAA